CUGCCGAGUCCUGUGGCCCCCUUGGAGGCACAGGGACCCCCAGCGGGAAGGCGGUGCGCGAGAAAUCGAGGAACGAGUAACCGCAAGACAGACACCCGGCCUGCGAUCCAGGGCCGCUCCGAGUCGCGCCCGCGGCUCCAGGUCCUUCUCGGAGCCGCUGCCAUGGGAGAGCCAAUCCUGGGCGCCGGGGACCAGCCGCCGCUGCUGCCGCGCCCGACUAGGAGCCGCGGCCCCAGUCCUCGCUCCCGAAGCCGGCCCGCUUCGUCCCCACCCCGGGCUGUAGGGCCACCUCCGCCGCACUACGGGCCCGGGCUGUGCCUGUGAUGAGCCGCAGCCCGCUGGGAGCUUUGCCCCCGGGCGCGCCGCCCCGGUUGCUCCCGGCCGCGCCAGCCGCUGCGGCGCGCGCCCUGCUCCCGCCGUGGCCCCGGCGCCCGGGCCGACGGUGGCCCGCGUCGCCGCUCGGAAUGAAGGUGUUCCGUAGGAAGGCGCUGGUGCUCUGCGCGGGCUAUGCGCUGCUGCUUGUGCUAACCAUGCUCAAUCUCCUGGACUACAAGUGGCACAAGGAACCGCUACAGCAGUGCAGCCCCGACGUGCCACUAGGUGCCGCGGUGGGAGCGGCUGGGGAUGGCUGGGGGCGCCCGGGGCCUCCUCCAGCCAUGUCGCGCCGCGCACACACCGGCUUGGACCCCCGCACCCCUUACCGCCCCCUCGCCGCGGCCGUCGGGGUGGCUCCCGCAGCUGCAGCGGGGGCCGCAGCCCCUUCUGGUAAUAGCACUCGGGGUACCAGGGGUGGCGAGAACAAGAGGCAGUUGGUGUAUGUGUUCACCACGUGGCGCUCGGGCUCGUCCUUCUUUGGUGAGCUCUUCAACCAGAACCCCGAGGUAUUCUUUCUCUACGAGCCAGUGUGGCACGUGUGGCAAAAACUCUACCCAGGGGACGCGGUUUCCCUGCAAGGGGCAGCGAGGGACAUGCUGAGCGCUCUCUAUCGCUGCGACCUCUCAGUCUUCCAGCUGUACAGCCCCGCUGGCAGCGGGGGGCGUAACCUCACCACACUGGGCAUUUUCGGCGCGGCCACCAACAAGGUUGUGUGCUCUUCGCCUCUUUGUCCUGCCUAUCGCAAGGAGGUUGUGGGGCUGGUGGACGAUCGCGUGUGCAAGAAGUGUCCACCGCAGCGCCUGGCGCGUUUUGAGGAGGAGUGUCGCAAGUACCGCACCCUAGUCAUCAAAGGCGUGCGUGUCUUCGAUGUGGCAGUGCUGGCGCCGCUGCUGCGUGACCCGGCCCUGGACCUCAAGGUCAUCCACUUGGUCCGUGACCCUCGAGCUGUGGCCAGCUCACGUAUCCGCUCGCGCCAUGGUCUCAUCCGUGAGAGCCUGCAGGUGGUGCGCAGCCGAGACCCGCGAGCCCAUCGCAUGCCAUUCCUGGAAGCCGCUGGCCACAAACUAGGUGGCAAGAAGGAAGGGGUGGGUGGACCAGCAGAUUACCAUGCACUUGGCGCUAUGGAGGUCAUUUGCAACAGCAUGGCCAAGACAUUGCAGACGGCUCUGCAGCCUCCAGACUGGCUGCAAGGUCACUACCUGGUGGUGAGGUACGAGGACCUGGUGGGAGACCCCGUCAAGACCCUACGGAGGGUGUACGACUUUGUGGGGCUGCUGGUGAGCCCCGAUAUGGAACAGUUUGCCUUGAACAUGACCAGUGGUUCGGGCUCCUCCUCCAAGCCUUUCGUGGUGUCUGCGCGCAAUGCCACACAGGCUGCCAACGCAUGGCGGACUGCCCUCACCUUUCAGCAGAUCAAACAGGUGGAGGAGUUUUGCUAUCAGCCCAUGGCUGUGCUGGGUUAUGAGCGGGUGAAUAGCCCGGAGGAGGUCAAAGACCUCAGCAAGACCCUCCUCCGCAAGCCCCAGCUCUGAGAGGGCUUCCGGGGAGACCUGACUGUAGAUGGGAGACACCCAGGGAGGAUUGUGGUGUGUUUAAACAGAAACAGUCCAGACCCAAACCAGGAAGCCCACAUGUUCUGUUGUAGAUGUAUAACAUAACCACACAGACGCUUGGCUGUCGAUGUUCUGAGUCAUUGAAUUUCAAGGACGAGUCACAAUACACACAUCUCAGAAAAGGCAAGACUUGAAAGUUCUGACCAGCUGUCCUCUCUUCUCCCGCCUUUUCUCUUCCUUUCUUCCAUGUCUUACCCUCUCUCCUACCUGUCCUUCAUUUUGAAAUGGGAUGCUGAUUAAAUCAAGAUCCAGUAACCCAAAUCUUGUUUACAAAGUUUUUGUGGUAUCUGUGAACCUGUAACAGAGUAAGUUGGAUGUGAGGGGUGGGACAAGGAAAGGGGCAGUCGCUCCGGAGCAGGAAGCCCCACUGGGUGUGACACACCAAGGAGGCAUUCUUUUAAAGUAGACUUCUGUAAAAACAAAGGUUAUAUGUGAGUAUUAAUAAAGAAGGUAAUAAAUAAUAUUCUUUUUUA